CCUCAGUCAGUAUUCAACGUGAAGACUUCGCAAGCCAUCUAGAUUCAAUCCCAAGCUGUAGUCAUGGCUUCCGAACCAUCAUACGACGAUGAAUUUGUUCCAGCACAUCGUGCGACCUCUCCCCGGUCCCUGUCCACUGAGCUUGCCUACGAGACAGCGUCUCGAUUGUCGAACAUCAACAGGUCCCGGGCAGCCUCACCGACGACUCAAUACGCCAUAGGAGCUGGAGCCCACAACUAUCCUCGCUCACCAUCGAGUAAUCUCAAUGGCUCUUUUGGUGAUAGCCACGAUGAUUUCCUUGUUGAGAAUCAGCUGGACGAAGACGAGCCGGCAUAUAACCCAGAACUUGAUGCUCCAAUGCAAUAUGACAGACGCUUCGCGAGCAAAAUUUCAUUCCCGAGUGCAAAAUUUCCGGCGAAUUUCUCAUUCGAGGGUCGUCGCUUGGUUAUUGGUGUUGAUUUCGGAACUACAUAUUCUGGGAUUGCCUUCGCAACGCCGCCUGGUGAGACUAUAGGUAAACUCGAAGAGGUUCACCUCAUGACAAAUUACGGUUAUGCCAUGAACAACGACAACAAAAUUCCCAGUGUCAAUUCGUAUUCGGAGCCCUCCUUAAACAAGUCAAGGAAAGAGCGUCAAUUUGGACGUGACUUGAGCCCUAAUGCGGUUGCAAUGGUGAACAGCAAGCUGGAGCUGGAUGUGCAAGACACUAAAUUGGCCGAGCUUGAAUCUUUGGUUCAUGCUCUUGAAGGAAUGAAGAACCUUUCAUAUGCCAAUGUGAAAAGAUGCAGAGGGCAUCCUGGCUUUAGUUGGAAGAGCUCGGAGCAGAUUGUGACGGAUUACCUGGCAAAAGUUUUUAAAGCUUUCUCCGAGUAUCUGGACAGAGCAUAUCCUGGAAUGGGAAACGCGCUGAGGGAGGAAGUUCCGACGGAGCUAGUGAUCACCGUCCCGGCAGAUUGGUCUCCGAAAGCCAAGAACUCCACCUAUCGUGCUGUUAUAAACGCAGGGUUUAAUCAAAAGAAUUUUCGCAACAUGAAAAAGGUCUUCAUGGUGACUGAACCAGAAGCUGCCGCUUUAUAUGCUAUUCGCUGGCUGAAGGAGGAUCAUAUUGACGUCCUAACAGAAGAUGACUCAUUCGUCCUAUGCGACGCAGGAGGUGGGACAGUGGAUGUUGUUUCAUACCGCGUAGUUAGCAUCUCACCAAAGCUUGAGUUGGAGCAGAUUGGCCAUCCUACAUGCAAGAAGUGCGGAUCGAUCUAUAUUGAUGCCAAAUUCAAGGAAUGGCUUCGAGCUCACCUCGGGAAGCAUUGGAGACUCUUGGAUCCAAAGUCUCUCAAGGGUAGAAUCAAUGCUCAAAUGACAGAAGGUCAGAAUAUGCGUUCAAUCAUGGCAGAGUUCGAGGGGUUCAAGAAGGCUUUUGGAUCUGGGCAAAGGGAGGUUAGGUUCAGACUUCCAGAAGCCCUAAAAGAUUUUAAUUCUGGAAAUGCGAUUGUCGCGGGCGAAGUAAUCAUUUCUCAGAAGCAAAUGAAGGCUUUCUUCGACGAUUGUGUCGACGGCGUUUUGUCUCUGGUUCGAGACCAAGUUCUUCAAGCCGAACUGGAAGGGAAAAGGGUUACCAAUAUUGUCAUGGUAGGAGGUUUUGCGGAAUCUGAAUACCUGCAAAAGGAGAUGAAGAGGUCGAUGGGUUAUAGAGAUAUUACUCUUCAUCGACCGCAGGAAUCAUGGACGGCUGUUGUGCGAGGAGCUGUAAUAACGGGUGUUGAACACAUGGGUGAAUUAAAACCACUGCAAUCUUGCCCGAAAAACUAUGGCAUUUGCCUAAACGAGGACUUCUCGGGAAUUCACGAUAACUGGGACGACAGGUUCCUUGAAGAAUCAACCAGCCGUGUCAUGGCCCUUGGCCAACUGCAUUGGCUUAUUCUCAAGGGCGAUUUACUCGAUCACAAGGAAGCGAGAUCGCAGGUGAAAAACUGUCCCUUUACGUUCUCCCAAACACAGUCGAGGAAAUGGAAAUUUGAGGUCUACGAAUGGGAUCAUGAGAACCCCAGAGUGAAGCUGCCCAAAAGCUAUCAUAACACACGAAAGGAGCUGCGAACUGUCCUCCAGAUUGAUGUAGAUAUGAGCAGUAUUCCGCUUGAAGUCAUGCACAAGACCCACAACAAUGGGAGACCGUACUGGACGGCAGAUACAAUGUGCAAGAUGACCUACACAAUCAAUCAUGUUUUAGAAGUUCAACUGGUAUUUAGAGGUAAAGUCGUUGGAGCAGCUAGCAGGGUCAUGAAGGAGCAUCUCACGGAGUAUGAAAGAGAUGACGAAGCAGGUGAUGACGAUGACGAUUACUCUAUUUCUGAUUAAGCGGACAAUUAGUGAACAUCUGGACACUACAAAUAAUCUGUAACAGUGAUAGGAGUAGACCUCAGCGAUCUUCGCCAGAAGCUUUUCCACAUUACUCUAACUCAAACUGAUCUACCGUAGUUGCGAAUUCGUGC